GUCAUUCUCUUUCCCAUGUAAAGCUUAAAUGGUCAAUGUCCUUCUGAUCUUUAUCUUACUUCUUCACAACAAAUUCAUACAUAUGUUUUGAACCUUUCUCUCUUUCUCCCUAAUCUCUCUAAUCAUAAGAUCCAGAAGGGUUUUCCUUUCUCCUACCCCUACCUAACGCAUAUUCGGAGCACUACAUUAUCAGAUGACGUCAAUUCGACCAUUCACUUUCACGGAUAUUCAGAAAAUUUCAACCAUGGGCCUUGAUGCAAGCACCCCCAUACAUCCUGAUCAAUCCUACUUCUUAUAUUCGCUAAGCAACUAUCAAACUGCGUGCUUUGUUGCAGAAGGUCCUGAUGGUACCAUAAUGGGUUAUAUUAAAGGGAAUUUGAAGGAGAUUAAAGAUGGUGAUGUUACUUGUAAAUGUGGUUCAAUAAUUGGAGUUUAUGUUAACGAUGAACAUCGAAAACAAGGCGUGGCGACAUUGCUGAUAGAAGAGCUUAAUGGUCUGCACCAAUCUAUGGGAGCAAUCUGGUCUUUAGUUAGGGUGCCAAAGAAAAAUAAUCCUGCCUCAAAAUUGUUCAACAAGCUCGGGUAUGUUUCCUCUAACAAAGGGCGGAGUUGCUUUGAUGAGGACGAUGGAGCAGACGGUGAAAUAUAUGGAGAACGAAAGAAACUAGAGAAACUUUUGGGCGAUGGGAAACCUUUCGAGGGCUCUGUCUCAGGAUCUCUUAAGGAUCUACACAUCUAACAGAUCCAGGAUGCUCGGAUAAUGCUCCACCCAUGCGUAUGAACUAAGUCAUUUAUUAAAGAAAAACUAUAUUUGCGUUCCCCCAUCUUACUAGAUAAACCUGUGCUUCGAACAGGGUACUUAUACUUUUGUUUUGUGGCUGCACUAUUUUGAUUAGGUUUGAUCAUCUCUAACGAAUCUCGGAAAUGUACUUUAAACAUGUUCAUUAGUGUGUUUUGUGGCUGCACUAUUUUGAUUA